AUGAGUGGCAGAAAUGAUAAUCCCGACAAACUUCAGAAAUCUCGUGAUCAAGUACUGUCCGUUGAUCCGGAGGUGGCCUCAUUCACUACGGCCGGAGGGAAAUCAGAGCAUAUGUUGGUGAAUCUCGGUGACAAACACCUGGCUGUCAAGGUACGAUGCAGCAAUAACCAACUUUAUCGCGUGAGGCCCGUCUACCAAGUGGUCGAGACAGGACAGUGCAAGAGCUUGAUAGUUACACGUUUGAUUGGUCCUCCUCGUCGAGAUCGGUUAACUAUUCAAUAUUUACCAACUACUGACAUAAACUGCAAUUUAAUAGAAUUCUUCAAAGAUGCUAUAAGAAAAGGAAUUAAGAUCGAGGCACUCAGAGUUAUUCUCAAAAUGAAAGAAGAAGACAAUUUCUCCAAGGAUAGAGCAUGCAUAUGA